CCUGCCUCCCAUCCCAGUCAGCAGCUCUUGCUUUUCUCUCCAGGUCUUCUCCUCCUCCUCUCCCCUCCCCCUUGCUGCUUUGUUUCGGUGGCGGUGGCAGCAGCGGUGGCUGGUGCUAUAGCGGAGGGAGCUGUCCAGCAGCCAGCUCCUGAGAUCCCAGCUGCUCUCCAUUAACCACAAUGUAAGAGCAAUGAGAGCAGCUCUACCCAACGCAGCCUGGCAAUGGAGGAUGAUUUAUUCCAGCUGAGACAGCUACCGGUGGUCAAGUUUCGCCGCACGGGGGAGAGUUCCAGGUCAGAGGAAGAUGCCAUUUCGGGAGAACACGAAAUUCAGAUUGAAGGUGUCCAAACAGAACUAGAGGCUAUAGAGCUGGAGGAUGGAGCUGCAGUGCCAAAGGAGUUUGCCAACCCAACUGACGAUACUUUUAUGGUGGAAGAUGCGGUGGAAGCCAUUGGGUUUGGGAAAUUCCAGUGGAAGCUCUCUGUUAUUACUGGAUUAGCCUGGAUGGCAGAUGCUAUGGAAAUGAUGAUUCUAAGUAUCCUAGCUCCUCAGCUUCAUUGUGAGUGGCGAUUACCAAGCUGGCAGGUUGCAUUGCUCACAUCGGUAGUGUUUGUGGGGAUGAUGUCCAGCUCCACGCUCUGGGGGAACAUGUCAGACCAGUAUGGCAGAAAAACAGGCCUGAAGAUCAGUGUGUUAUGGACCCUGUAUUAUGGGAUUCUCAGUGGUUUUGCACCAGUGUACAGCUGGAUCCUUGUGCUCAGGGGACUGGUGGGCUUUGGGAUUGGAGGAGUGCCUCAGUCGGUAACUUUGUAUGCUGAAUUCCUUCCCAUGAAAGCCAGAGCAAAAUGCAUUUUAUUGAUAGAGGUCUUUUGGGCCCUUGGAACUGUCUUUGAAGUCCUCCUUGCUGUGUUUGUGAUGCCCACCCUUGGCUGGCGCUGGCUGCUCAUUCUUUCUGCUCUCCCACUCUUGCUGUUCGCCAUCUUAUGUUUUUGGCUGCCAGAAAGUGCCAGAUAUGACGUCCUAUCAGGAAACCAAGAAAAAGCUAUUGCCACUUUAAAGCGGAUAGCAACUGAAAACGGAGCUCCAAUGCCUCUGGGAAAACUAAUCAUUUCCAGGCAGGAGGACCGAGGGAAAAUGAGGGACCUUUUCACACCGCAGUUUCGGCGGACAACAUUGUUGCUUUGGUUUAUAUGGUUUUCCAAUGCCUUCUCUUAUUAUGGGUUAGUUUUAUUAACUACAGAGCUCUUUCAAGCAGGAGACGUCUGCAGCAUUUCCAGUAGAAGGAAAACAGUGAAAGCAAAAUGCAGCCUGGCGUGUGAGUAUCUGACAGAGGAAGACUACACAGAUCUGCUCUGGACCACGUUAUCAGAGUUCCCAGGUGUUCUGGUGACCCUAUGGAUUAUUGAUCGGAUAGGCCGCAAGAAAACUAUGGCUCUGUCCUUCUUUGUCUUCUCGUUCUGUAGUCUUCUGUUGUUUAUCUGUGUUGGAAGAAAUGUUCUUACUGUGCUGCUUUUCAUCGCAAGGGCUUUCAUUUCAGGAGGCUUCCAGGCUGCUUAUGUUUACACUCCUGAGGUUUAUCCAACAGCCACUCGUGCUUUAGGCCUAGGUACGUGCAGUGGGAUGGCCAGAGUGGGAGCCCUGAUCACUCCGUUUAUUGCACAGGUCAUGCUGGAGUCUUCAGUCUAUUUAACUCUGGUGGUUUACAGUGGGUGUUGCCUCCUGGCAGCUUUGGCUUCCUGUUUUUUGCCCAUUGAAACCAAAGGCCGUGGCCUGCAGGAAUCUAGCCACAGAGAAUGGGGACAAGAGAUGGUUGGGAGAGGGUUGCACAACCCUGGAGUGACCAGGUCAAAUUCCAGCUCUCAAGAAUGACCGCAUGGAGAAGGAUGGUACAUGGAAGAAUUGCGUUUGAAAAAAGAAGCGAAGCGUAUCAAGCUGACCGUACUGUCACUGCCAAUGUCAUGUGUCAAAAUGCAGGAACUUUUGAUUUGGACCUAAGCAAAUUGUGUCUUUACUACUCUCUGCUCACACUCAUACCAAUGUUCUUGUGUAACGAGAGGCAUUUAAUCUGGAGGUCAUUUAAAGUUUCCAGAGAAGGGAUUUCUUUAAGUCUGUUUUGUCUGCAUGGUCAGCUACCAAGCUUAAAAUGUCCUGUGUCAAGCAAAUAGCUCACUGAAUGCAAUUCAGUAUCAGCUGUAAUUUAAAAAAAAAAAAAAAAAUGUAAUCUUGGUGCUUAAAAGCAACAGAUUCAUAUUUGUUCUGUACCUGGCAUAGCACACGGUGGGUUCCAUACACUACAGAAUAAGUUUUUCAAAUUAGAUGCCUGCCUUGCACUUUUUUUAGUUAUCAGCAACAACAAAAUGUUGUGAUAAACAGCACACCUACCAAUGCUUUCCAGCUCUCUUGCCUGUAAGUGUGUUCUUCGGGAAUUACCAGGCACUGAGGGAGGUGUUGCGGAAUGUAUUCUCUGAAUGUUUUCGUUCCUCAAGGCAGUCGUUCGAGUCAGGGACGAGUGUUGUUUGACUUGGAGAUGGGCUGUUACAUGAGAAAUGUCAAUCCUUGUGGUUUGGAACAGAAUUUAAGUUUUCUACCAUUGCCAGAAACAUUGAGCACUCUAUUGCAUUGGUGAAGACUGCUUCAGCCUACCAGUGUCUGUGUGUGUGUGUGUGUGUGUGUGUGGAGAUGCACGCUGUGGUUUACUGCAUGGGUCCAGAUAUGUUUCUGCUCAAUUUGCCUAAGUAUGUUCUUGCACUGGUGUAGCCAAUACCUGUGAUACAAAUGUCUUAAUCUGAACAGCUGUUUGUGGCAGUCGAAUAGAGCUGCUUUCAAGUAUCUCCCCACAGGAACAUGUUUCCUGACAGCUGGGCAGAACUCUUGGAUAGCUGCUAUUGUCCGUGGAAUGUAACGCCAGGGUACAAAGGAAUGUCGUUGGCACCACGUCUUAAAUAAAAAGAAGUCCUGGGAGGAGCUGUACCAGUCAUCGGCGGAGGAUUGGCUCAGCACAUGCAGAUCGGGUGUGCAGACAGGAUGUCGAUGCAGUUCUUUCUCUUGCUGCAAGGAGUGGUAGAGUUCAGGUGAGGACAAGUUCAGUUCAUAUAUAUAGAUUUUUCUUAUAUAUAGCCUGUUUGUAAGGAAUCUGUCACUCAACAGGGCUUCAGAUCUCAAAGCUCGUUGGAUGUGGAGCAAAAAACCAUGUACCAGAACUCAGACAUUUGUCCUCCACGUGUCUCUGUAUGUUUUCAGAUGUCCACCCUACAGAGCACACCAUUAAAUAUAAGAGAUGCACCGAAGUCUCCUCUCUAGGCCGAGGGAAGCAAUACAUUUUAGGUGAUAUAUGUGGUCAGUUGUUCCACAGAUGUGUAGUGUGUGCAGCUGAUUUUGCACAGUGUAUUUUAACUCUUUUCAGGACCCAGCUCUUCCCAGCAGUUCUUAACACUGUGGCAGGAGUGGGUCAUCAGGUUUACUGGCAGGUGCAAAACAAGUGAACACACACCACAUUCAGCUUUCACUUAGGGAAACCUGGGGCUAUAGUGUAGUGAAACACUCCAAAACAUUUCAGGCUCUUUGUCCUGUUCCAUGGAAGAUCCCUAUAGGAUUCCUUAUAGGAACUGAGGAACUCCAAAAUGCUAAGAAAGGCCAAAGAAGUUGUUGGCAUUCAGUGCUGGGGAAGCAUAGGAUUGGCCAGGAAUGCAAUGGUCUGUGCAUUCAUUUCCCAUUAAAAUGUUGUGAUUGCAGUGAAGGACUCUAGAAAUAGUGGGUAUAAGCAGGUGAACUUUUCACUUUCAAAUUAAUAUGAAAAUGUAACUCAGUUCACAGAGGGAUCAAGCGUUACAGAUGGUUGAUGGCCUAGGAGAACGUUGUCUGUUCUAGGACUAACACUUGACUUUGGUUUCGGGGAUCUCUUGGUAUUGACUCUCAAGAUGCUGAAGUUUCACUAACGUCAGCAGCUGGAACUCUUCAGCAGCUAGUAGACCUUGGUAAUAGGUCCUUCUCUUCUCCUUGCUGUAGUUGCAUUAAUCCCCCUCGCAUACCACAAAAUUGAAGUGGCUCAACCCUGCAGCAUGGCACAGCAGCUUCUUUUCUUUGGGCUCUCACUUGAACAUACAAGAGACAUUUGGAAGAGAAGAAGCAAGCUCUGAAUGGUAGAGGCACUUGGAAUUAGACUGGACUUGAGGCCCAGUUAUUUGGGCUGGCAAUGAAUUGCAUUCGCAUUACUCUGAGGCUCUUUUUGAAAGUUCAGCUUAGCGCCAGCAAAUAUCAGUGGAAACAUGAAACCUACAGCCUUGUGGAAUUGCCAUGUUAACAGCCUCAUUGUCGAGCCCGUCCGCCUAUUGUCUUUGAGCUCCUUUCCUGAAAAUCUGGCUUCUGCCUUUCAGAUACUCAUAUGCACGCCCUUCAGCCUUUGAGUCAGCAUUCAACAGCUUAAAACUGUUGCAUUGCAAAGGCCUUCAGAAGAGGCAUCAGCAACUUUUAUGCGGAGUGUUUAUAUACAUAUGUAUAUGGAAUAGAGUUGUGUAUAUGUACAUUCCCAAUGAAGUCUUUCAUUUUAAAAUGCAUACAUAUGCAAUGCAAUGGCUCUUAAUUCUGUUGAGAGGCUUAUAGCUUUUUUAACCUGUGACAUUUACAGUAUUACAGAAAAAUGUGAAGGCAUUUUUGCUUUUCAUUUAAUAUAAAUGCAGCACUGAAAAAUAUAUGUCAUUAUAGGAAUAUCAGAAUCAGUCCUGCUGAACCAACUACCUAGUCUGGGUCUUCAGUUCAGUGGCCUGAGCCAAAGCUUGCUGUAGUCAGUGGAGUUAUUCCAUUGCCCUUAAUGGGCUUUUGAUCAGACUCUGAGUAGAGAAGAACAGAACUGAGCCCUUAAGAGCUGAUUUUGCCUUCUUCAAGUCAGUAAGAGUUUGCUGUUGACUUGACUGGGAGCAAAAUUGGGCCCUUUAGGAGCAACAGAGUUUCACAUGAAUAGUGCGAGUCCCUGAAUAUUGUGAACGGAAGGACAUUCUAGCCCAGGGGCGGGCAAUUAUUUUGGGCGGAGGGCCACUUACUGAAUUUUGGCAAGCCAUCGAGGGCCGCAUGACAGGCAGCCAGGGGCAGAUAAAUAUUAAUUUUCUAACUUUUUGGGGGGCCCCACGGGCCGGAUAGAAUGGCCUGGUGGGCCACAUCCGACCCAUGGGCUGCAUUUUGCCCACCCCUGUUCUAGCCCGAUCACUGAGAAAACUGGUGAAUGUCUGGGUUGAUGCCCUAUAGCCUAUAAAUAGUCAUAAAUCAUAUUUUGCUAAUGUGGCAACAUCAUGGAUGUAUAUAAUAAACUUCCAAAGAUUCUGUUUUACACGCCAUUCUGUAUUUUUCGCUGAUGAAAGGUGUUAAUGUAGCUUGUUCAUUGGAAGAAAAAAAAAAGAUAAUUUUGAAUGAAACUUGGGAGCAAACAGAAUUGUGGGGUUCAGAAAUUUGUUAACUGUCCGAUAAAGUAAUGUGCAGACUUGUCAUGGGGAAAAUUGAUUCUCCCGAUGUGCUUUGAAUGAUUUCGUAUUCCUACCUGCUUGCCGAAAGAACACUGAAUGUUUCCUUGUGUUUGAAUGUACAGUUUCUAAGCUGGAUACGUUUUCAUGUUUAAAAAAAAAAAAUCUUUGUGUAUAUCGAGCUUGUUGUACAAUACUCUUUUAUUUUCUUUUGUUCCUAUGUUAAUGAUGCAACAUUGGAUAGUUUGAUUCCACACUAGAUAUUUUAUGUUGAAUAAAUGAAUAGUUUUUACAGUAA